GCGCGUGCGCUUGUCGCCGGCCCGGAAGGGGAAUUGUGUGGAGGUGACUGGGCCCUGAGGUACGGCUUCCCCAGGCAUACCGAGACCCGGGACUCCCUAAUACUCUUAACUGCUGGCCCCGUAGGACCACUCGCAUUUCAGAUCUGCUUGGUAACCCUGGUGCACCACCAUGUUGGCCGCAAGGUUUGCGUGUCUCCGGAUUCUCCCUUCGAGGACUUUUCACCCAGCUUUCACCAAGGCGUCCCCUCUUGUGAAGAAUUCCAUCACGAAGAAUCAGUGGCUUCUAACACCCAGCAGGGAAUAUGCUAUCAAGACAAGAAUUGGAAUCCGGCGUGGGAAAACUGGCCAAGAACUCAAAGAGGCAGCACUGGAACCAUCAGUGGAAAAAAUAUUUAAAAUUGAUCAGAUGGGAAGAUGGUUUGUUGCUGGAGGGGCUGCUGUUGGUCUUGGAGCCUUGUGCUUCUAUGGCUUGGGAAUGUCCAAUGAGAUUGGAGCCAUUGAAAAGGCUGUAAUUUGGCCUCAGUAUGUGAAGGAUAGAAUUCACUCCACCUACAUGUACCUAGCAGGAAGUAUUGGUUUAACAGCUCUGUCUGCCUUGGCAGUGACUAGAGCUCCUGUUCUCAUGAAUUUCAUGAUGAGAGGCUCUUGGGUGACAAUUGGUGCAACCUUUGCAGCCAUGAUUGGAGCUGGAAUGCUGGUACAGUCAAUACCAUAUCACCAGAGCCCAGUCCCAAAGCAUCUUGCUUGGUUGCUACAUUCUGGUGUAAUGGGGGCAGUGGUGGCUCCCCUGGCAAUCCUCGGGGGGCCUCUUCUCAUCAGAGCUGCAUGGUACACGGCUGGCAUUGUCGGGGGUCUCUCCACUGUGGCCAUGUGUGCGCCCAGUGAGAAAUUCCUGAACAUGGGCGCACCCCUGGGAGUGGGCCUCGGUCUCGUCUUCGUGUCCUCACUGGGAUCUGUGUUUCUUCCCCCAACUACGGUAGCCGGCGCCACACUGUACUCAGUGGCAGUGUAUGGUGGGUUAGUUCUUUUCAGCAUGUUCCUUCUGUAUGAUACCCAGAAAGUAAUCAAGCGUGCAGAAACAGUACCGAUGCAUGGAGCUCAGAAAUACGAUCCCAUCAAUUCGAUGAUGAGAAUCUACAUGGAUACAUUAAAUAUAUUUAUACGAGUUGCCACUAUGCUAGCAUCUGGAAGCAACAGAAAGAAAUGAAGUGACUCUAUCUGGCAUCUCUAAUAUGUAGAUAUCUUGCUGGUUUAAUUGGGACAGAUAUUCAUUAAAUGGUUUGUCCAGCCAGCUGUCGUUGAAGUUUAGAAGAUGAGAACACGUCAGCAUAUUUAAAACAUUCCAGUAUAACGUGAUGCUUCAGGUCUGCUUUUUCUUCUGGAGAAUAAAUUCUCUUCCAAAUAAGCACCACAUUUCCACUUCUCAUGCUUGAGUAAUUGUAAAAUGUUUUAACGAAUAUGAAAACUAAGCUUUUAUUAUGAGAAUUUAAGUAUUUUAUCUAUUUUUAAAUUUAUUUAGUUAAGUAAAAGUUAGCAAGCAUGUGUUUACCUGCAUAUGGUUGGAAUGCAGAGUAUGGUAAGUAAUGCCUUCAGUGACGUAGAGGUUUGGUAAAGGGACCGGAAAUAAAGGGUCACCUGCGGUCUUUCUUUGAACUUAGGACUCAGCACUUGAGUAGUUGGUGAGGAGUCGGUGAGAAUCGUCUGGCUGUUUGGAAACAAGUGAUCACUGUUUGUACAUUUAUCUGGUACACUUAGCAGAAGCUUUGAGCAUCAGUCAAAGACCUAGGUGACUCACUGUCCUGCUGUUGGCUUCUCAGUGUCUCCUUACAAGGUAGAUGUGGUCACGGGGCCUCAUUGUUAGGUAGCCCAGAAUGUUAAUCACAGGGGGAAUCCCUACUUAGAUAUAUGUGACUUUUACUUUUGAAUCUUCCAGAACAAACUGUCUUUAAAAUUAUUCUCAAGAUAAAAUUUUCAAAGCAUGAAAUUUGUUGCAUUUUCAAGUAUACAAAUAAUAUGUUCAUAAUUGCUGAGGGUUUUCUUUUUUUUUUUUUUCAUAUUUAUUAUAACGUGUAAUAGAAUACAUGCUUGCCUUUCUCAUGUCUUCAAGCUUUGAACCCAGGAAAGCCUGUUUGUGGUUUACACUUGAGUCCAUGGAAACAGUUUUUCUCUUCAGAUACUGGUUUCUUAACCUUCCUCACAGUAAGCACUAAAAAAAGCAAGGCAAAGCUAGUUCUGUCUUGUCCUAGGGUAAAAUCACCACAAAGUUACAGUGAAGCAAGAAGAAAGAUUUUAUUCGGCAUGUGUUCCAAGAGGCAAAAGUGGAAAGCGGACAAGCAUGCUGCCAGAGCCAUGUCUGCCCUAGUCACGUGAUAGAAUCAUCGGUAUAUAUUAACAUUAGAGAUGGGUAAAAUCAUUAAGUUUCACCUUUUCACAGAUUGGCUAAAAACUUCUAAAUCACCGUGAUUCUACAUUUUGAAUUGUCUUAAUAAUCAUUGGUACAGGUUUCAGUGAUAGGAGAGUCUUCAUUGAUCGAACAAAUCUUACUGUCUACUAAAUGCUAAUAAAAAAUGAUAAGACUGGAAAAUAUGUGGGUCUUUCGUGUUCUAAGAUUUGUUUAUGUGAAAGGUUCCCUAAAAGAUGUUUUCCAAGAUUGUCCUAGCUAUUGUCUUCAUACCUCAGGGCCCAGUUGAUAUGUCCUUGUGAGUCCAGCCCCAGGUAGAUCACAUUUGCUAUACUCAAGGACAGGGAAUAAUGGCUCCAAUUUUAACUCCAAAGUCAGUCUGUGAAAUGUAUCAAUAGAAAGUGUAAUGGGGAAAGUGCUUCAUUAGAGUUUCCCCUGACAGAAUUUUUCUUCUCUUACGUAGACCAUUAUUUACCUUCCUUGUGACGUUUGUAAAUUUUUUUGAUACAGAAGAGUUAUUUUUGGAAGUCUCUAAGAAGUGAAAUAAGUACGUAUGAUUAUUGAGAUGAUUGCUAUUUUUGAUAUUUAUUACAGUAAUCCAGAAAUAACUAUUCUUUCUCAAAGUACUGUUAAAAAAUAUGAUCAUGUAUUCAAAAGAAUAACAAUAUUUGAAUGCCCUGUGAUUUAGUAAGCAAUUUGAUAUGAUAAGCAUGCAAGAGGAGCCUCCUUCCCGAGAAUGGAGAGUUCACAGAGACUUAAGUAGCUCUUGUUUAAAGACUACAGGUCUUCAUGGUGUUGAAGUACUUAAUGGCUGCUUAGUUAACAUUAAAAAGUAACUUCUCACAAGAUUUGGCCCUCCAUCCACCUGCGGUCGGGAGACAUAGACAUUUAAAUUAAUAAGUUCAUGGAUAAGGAAAUAAAAGUAAAAUAUUUUUAAUACAAUUUGAUUCCACAGUACAUUGGAUGCUUCUUUCUGAAAUAGUAAAAGUUCUAGCCAGAUGGUGACGGUUAGUAAUUUUUCCAGCUGAAGCACAUGCAUACCAUUGACUAGGGGAUUUGUUCAAGAAGGCAGCUUAAUCUACUGCAGUAUAGUAUAGUGCCGUGUUUAAGACCAUCGUACUUGUAGUACUUGUAGCUAGACUGCUUUUUGAAUUCCAGCUCUUCCACUUGCUUCUUACGUGACCUUGGGCAAGUUACUUAACCUCUGUGCUCAGUUUGUGCAUCUGUAAAUAACAGUACCUAUUUUACAGGUUAAAUAUGCCAGCACUUGGUAAACACUAUAUAAAUUGUAGCUGUUGUUCCUGCUGUUGCUGUUUUCUUCCCGAAGUAAAGUAUAAGUUACAAACUUCCAUUUCCUGUUCCUGCCAUACUACCUGUAAGGUAUCAUUGUAACCUUAAAGGGCCUAUUGUCUUUAGUGGCUUUUUAGAACCCUGAGUUUAUGUCCUUAUUUUUUAGUAGGAGCACUCACAGAAGACAACAUGAUACAGCCUUAACAGUAUCAGGCAGAAGUUUAUUUAGAAAGUCAGGAUUUUUUUUUUCUAAUUUAAUGACUUAACACUUGUUGCCAUCCAGUCGCUUUCAAUUCAUAGCUACUCUGUAGGACAGUAGAACUGCCCCACAGGGCUUCCAAGGCUGUAAAUUUUUAUGGAAGCAGACUGUCAUAUUUUUCUCCUGGGGAGUGGCUGGUGAGUUUGAACCUGCAAAUUCAACCUGACCCUACCAAUGCCAGUAAAUUUCUAUUAGAAAAGACUGCCUUAAACUAGCCCAAGCCAGAUUUAGCCUGCCCCACAUGCACAGAAGGGCCAGCCAUGACUGUUAGUUGACCUCAACAGAGGAUGCAGCAACAGGUAGAACCAGAAGGAAAAUCAUCACCCUGACCCCAUUCCGAAGCAAGAGGUCUGACGAGAACUAUGUCACUCCCUGUUUCCUGGCUGCCAUAAUUCCUACAAUGUCUUCUCUACGUAUUCUUUCUAGAAUUUUCCCUCCCCAGUAUGCCCGCACGGCUGCCAUCUUGCAAACCAAAUCACAUUUAAGCCCUGCUUCCACUUAGUGAGUUGGAACUGAGGACCUUCCUCCCACUCCUUGCUCUGAGCGCUGCAAUAAAGUUACUUUUCCUAGGUCAGUGUCCAGAUUAUUGGCAGGUCUGAGCACGCAGGAAAAGAACCCACCUUCUAGGUUCGGCAACACAACCUUUCAGCAGCUGAGCACUUCAUGGUUCCUUUAUUUAAUGACUUGGUGUCCAGCUUUGUUAAGACAAUGAGACUUCAAUAGGUGGCAUAAAAUGUAAUUACUUACAAAAGUUCUAACAUGAGAGAGAAAACACUAGUUUCUUGGCACCUGUUAACAUACCGCUGUUUUGUUUUUUGUUCUUUUUCUCUCAUCAUUCACACAGAAGAAUGAAGACCAGCAAAUCGAUAUGCUUUAGGCAAAAACAAGAAAAAUAUCCAUUUCUCACAGAUACGUGGUUAAAAAUACAAGUAAGGACUCAGUGCUGCUUAGAGUAGUACCUAAUGAACGUGCAAUCAGAAAACAUGAAUGCCUCUGUGGUUCAGCUAGCUGGAUCCAGAAGAGAUGAGUAAAAGGGAGUCACCUUCCAGAGUAGCACCCCUAUGUAAACUCACCACGACCCACUGUGGUGGGUGUCAUGGGAGGGAAGUGAACACUGGAAAUGGAGCCAGUGAUAUGUUUCCAAGAUGUCCCACAAGAAGGCCUUCAAGAGUAAAAAGAGGAGUUAGACCAGAUAGAAAAGGAUUGUGAGGGCAUUUCACACAGGGUAAGCGGGAGGAGGAAGAUUGGAGGGAGCAGAGUGGGGAUGUAGGAAAGAUGGCAAGAAAUGUAAGUCCCCUUGAAGCCUGGUUGCCUGCUCACAGCAGGUGUGUGCUUUGAACCUCUGAAGGUUUUCUCUGCGCUUAAGAUGUUAGAACGUGGGAGGAAAGGCAAGCGUAUUUUCCUCGAAAUUGUUCUGGGUGAGAUGUGUCCGUUUUGAACAUCCUGAAACUGAAUGACACGAUUGAAUUUUUUACAUAAUGUGUGCUAAGCUUUUUACAUGAAUCUUAAAAAUCCUAUGAACUAGUAACCACUAUUAUUCCCAUUUUACAGAGAUGUAACCUGAAGCCCAGAAGUUGGUCUUUGCAUAAGGUUGUAUGGCUGAGAAGGAUACAUUGGUAGUGCUGAUCCUCAUAACCAAUUAUACUGUGAAGUUUGUGGAAAGUUUGUGAUGAAUGCUAUAGGACUAAAAUCCUGUUUGAUGAUCACAAAAGCCUGUACAAAUUAAAUAGGUUGGGAUCUGCUAAAUUAUAACUCAAUUUUAUAAUCACAAGAACCAGUAUUCUGAGAACCUCAGAAUUUUAAUGAUUAUCAAAGGGGCUUAAUUCCAGUGUCUAGGAUAAAUGGCAAUCAUAUUUUACUUUCCGAAAGUCCUUUUCUCUACUCCAGUCCACUCAGAGCUACAAAUCAAAUAAUUUAAGUUCGGUAUAAUCAGUAAAAUAGAAUCCCUCCUAAAAUUACUCAAUUUAGGUAACACUCAAAAUGGAAGCCAUUUUUCCGGGAAAAAAUAUAAAAGUUAUGACUUUGAGGACUUUCUUCUUUCAAGCCAAGUGUUCUCUGUGAAGCAAUUCAGGAAGAUGGCAAGAGAAAACCCCCAGUAUUAGCACUUAAGAACAACAAAAAGAAGUAUAUUGUGCCAGAAGCAAGGAUGAAACUAAAUAGAAAGCAGAUGAGGAAGAGGGAAUAUGGAACAUUCUGAGCCCAGCAGUGAUAGCUCAUGGGGCUGCUGACCAAUUAGCAUGAGGACAAGUCCAGCACAAGUUUUCCUUCAUCCAUUCUGCCUUGUUAGUAGCUCGUAUCCAUUCCUUACCUAGUGCUAUAUCAGUUUUUCUAAGGGUGCUUCUCCCAGCCUUACACCUGCAACUCAGAGGCUCAUGGGUGGUGGGAGUGUUACAGCCUCUUUGGCUGCAGAUAGAAGCCUUUUGGAUCCUUGUCUUAGGCUGGGUAGAGAAGUGAAACCAUAAAGCAUAUAAAUGUAUAUAUAUAUAGAUUUAUAUCAAGGAAAUGGCUCACGUGGUUGUAGAGGCUGGAAUGUCCCAAGUCCCUGGGUCAGGAUAGAGGAUUCUCCCAAUGCACCUAGCCACAGGGGCUGUUGAACCCAAGAUCAGCAGGUCAGAGAGCAGGGCUCUUGUCACAGGCUGUGAAGAUCGAUGAAUCCCAAAGAUCGGCAGGCAAAACAGCAGGUAAACUUCUAGCUCAAGUCCCAAGAACAGGAGGUCAGAUGAACAGGAGCCAGCUGCAGGAUCCAGAACGAGCAAAA